AUGGCGUUUCUUCGGGAAGCGUUCGGGGCAUUUCAUGCCUUUUUUUGGGAUGAAAAAUUUUGGUUACCAGAAAGCGUAACUUGGAAAGAUUUUGAAAAUUACAGUGACGAUUUCUAUCAUCCUGUUGUGUCGGAUUUAAAAUACGUGAUAUUUUGUGGUUGUAUGUUGUUUGCCGUACGGAAGCUGUAUGAAAGGCCUACUAUCAGAAAUGAUACAGAGCUGAGCAUUGAAAAACGGGCACCGCCUCGUUUUUAUGCCCCAUCCCUCAAACAUGCUUCUCUGGUGAUGAUGGAAGUAUACGACUAUGUAAGGACAACAUUUUGGAGUGAGUGGUUUUGGUUUGGUGGAUCAGGACAUUCCUGGACUGACUUUGUAGAUAAAGACGAUGGAGUACGUCACCCCCAGUACACUGAUUUACUAUGGUCCUUGUACCUAGGCUUGGUCAUAUUCUUUAUAAGGAAGAUAUGUGAGAGGUUUGUAGCUGCCCCUGUUGGUAGAUAUUUUGGAAUCAGAGACACACAACCAAGGAAACCUCCGCCCAACCCAGUCCUAGAAAAAGCCUACAGGUGUCACAAAUUUCCUGAAAAUGACAAAAUCCAGGAUUUAUCAAAACAGACAGAUUUAUCUACGAGAAAAGUGGAAAGGUGGUUUCGGAUGAGGAGGAAUCAAGAUCGUCCGAGCCUUAUGAAGCGUUUUACAGAAGCUGCAUGGAGAUUUGCCUUCUACAUUUCUGUAUUUAUAUACGGUGUGGUGGUCCUAUGGGAUAAACCAUGGUUUGCAGAUUCCUCAAAUUGCUGGAAUGGGUACCCUCACCAUCACAUCCCACCAUCUAUAUUUUGGUACUACAUGAUAGAGAUAGGAUUCUACUCGUCAUUGAUGUUUUCACAAUUUAUAGACGUCAAAAGAAAAGAUUUCUGGGAGAUGUUUACACACCAUGUAGCCACCAUGCUCUUACUGUGUUUCUCCUGGUCAGGAAAUUUCGUCCGGGUCGGCACUCUUGUAUUGGUCAUUCACGAUGCUGUUGACUUCUGGAUGGAGGCAGCUAAGAUGGCUAAGUACCUGAAAUACCAGCACCUGUGUGAUGUACUGUUUGCCAUCUUUGGUAUAGUUUGGUUUGUAACCAGACUUGUUAUAUUCCCUGUCAGGGUGAUCUACUCCACGUACUUUGAGUUACCUCUUCUGGUGGGGUAUUUUCCCGCCAUGUAUAUGUUUAACGCGAUGCUAUGCCUACUGCUGGUAUUGCAUGCCUAUUGGUUCUCCCUCAUCGUCAAGGUGACAUACGACGUCCUCACAAACACUGGAGAGGAGGUUACAGACAUUCGUAGCUCUGAGGAGGAAAAUGUCAGCGAAGAUGAAAAUGGGCAUGCCAUUCAACCUAAUAAUAAUCACAACCACAACCACAACCACAAUCACAACAUGGUGAAAUCUGUGUCUUAG